CUUGCGCUCUGUUUGAGGAUGAAGGAGAGGAGAUGGAAAUUCUGAACGAAUUUCUGUCUAACUUCAGUCCUCUAACCAAUUGCCAUUGUGUUCAUCUUAUUUGAAGAGGCUUAGAUGGCUAAAUAAAGCCCUUGUCUCCUGGGAAUUUAUACAGUGAUUAAAAGUGCGAACCAAACGGAAUGGAACUAACCUGUUUGGGCAACACACCGAACACAGAAUUCAAUGUGAAAUGUCCUGAGUAGUUAAGCAGACGUGUGGGGCAUUUCCAGCCAUGGAAGAGAUGAACUGUAAACCCUACCAGCCUCUGUCCAGAGCACAGAGAAAGAUGGAAAUGUCAUACAGCAGCUCAUCAGAUGAGAGUGAUGGUGGCUGCAAUGAACCCAAAUCUUCCACAUCCCAUGAGACCUUACCCGACUAUGGUCAAGAUGUCAACUACCACAGUCACAAAAAAAGACAGACGACUUUCAAUAUUAAGAGACAAGAGUUAGGGUUUGGAAAACAAAAUAAGAUUCUGAGUGGUAUUGUCCACGAAGAACAUGGCUAUUCAAUUGAUGUGGUUCAAGGUUCAGAAGUGGAUGAAGAAGCCGACAUAGGAGUGGAUCAGUCACCCAGUCUUUGUCUCUGGAUGGAGGAAGCAAAGUCAGAUCAAAGCUCUUUUUUGUCCAGCCGUGCCAAUUCAGUUCUCUCCCUUCCUGACACAAAGCAGGAAAGGAAAACAGUCAGCAAAAACGAGCUCUCUAGCCAUCCAGAUAGACAGUUCACAUUCCGACCCCUGCCUCCACCACCUCUGCCACCCCAUGCCUGCACCUGUACUCAGCCAGCACCCUUUGUUCACUCCACAAUGCAAAGGACCACUAUACCUGUCCAUGACCACAGCCAUAACAACCAAGAAUCAGAACUAAGCAGCAGACAACCAGACAACAACUGGGUGCUCAAAAGAAACAUCCCACUGGAGGCCAGGCAUUUCCUGUUCAGGCAUGGGCCAGACUCAGCCAAUCAGAACUACCCACACACCUCCAACACAAUAUACUCUCCACCUCCACGUCCUCUGCCCUGCAGCACCUUUUCCCGGCCCACAUUCAUUUUCAACAAGUCGUACAAGUGCUGCAACUGGAAGUGUACUGCCCUCAGUGCCACAGCUAUCACCCUUAUGCUGGCCCUCCUUCUUGUUUACGUCAUGGCCGUGCACUUGUUUGACUUGAAAUGGCAUCUGAAGCCAUCGGAGGCAGAUUUGUAUGAGAACGGCAUCAGCAAGGAAAACAUUGGCAUAAAGAACAGUGCCAUCACCCCACUGGACACAUACACCCGAGACAAGAUCCAGCGAGGCCCCAAAGGAGAUAAGUACCAGCGAGGGAGGACCAUAGAGCGUGGAGAAGUGGACAUUGGGACCCAGGUGAUGCAGGUGAUCCCGCCCGGGCUGUUCUGGCGCUUUUACAUGGCUGUGCAUCACCCAACUUAUAUCAAAUUCAAGCUUUCUGUCUCUCAAAAUGCUUUACUUGGCAUCUAUGGAAGGAGAAACAUUCCUCCCACACACACUCAGUUCGACUUUGUGAAGCUUCUGGAUGGAAAGCAGUUGAUCUCUGAGCAGUUGAUUAACUUAAGCUCUGAGCAGAGGAACCUGCAGCUUCACUCUCUGCAGGACACAGGCUUUAUUGAAUACAUGGACCCUGGAACAUGGUACUUGGCACUCUACAAUGAUGGAAAGAAGAUGGAACAGGUCUUGCUUCUGAGCACCACUAUUGAGACCAUGGAUGGAUGCUCCUCUAGCUGCAAUGGUGAGUGUGUUGCUGGUCACUGCCACUGUUUUCCUGGCUUCCUUGGACCAAACUGUGAAAAAGACACAUGCCCAGUACUGUGCAGUGGCAAUGGCGAAUAUCGCAAAGGUCGGUGCAUAUGCCAUGAGGGAUGGAAAGGGCCAGAAUGCAGCAUCCCAGCAGAGCAGUGCAUUGACCCAACCUGUUCCAACCAUGGAGAAUGUGUCCAAGGUGUCUGCAUUUGCAUUCCUGCAUACAAGGGCAACAACUGCGAGCAAGUGGACUGUUUGGACCCGCAAUGUGAGGGACAUGGUAUCUGUGUGAAGGGUGAGUGCCUGUGCUCACCUGGCUGGGGGGGCAUGAGCUGUGAAAGUCCGCUUCCAGCCUGUCAGGAACAAUGCUCUGGUCAUGGCACCUAUAUGCCUGAAAGUGGCACCUGUGUGUGUCAACCUAACUGGACUGGAUCUGACUGCUUCACAGAGCUAUGCCCAGUGCCCUGUGGAAGUCAUGGUGUUUGCUCAGAGGGCAGGUGCCAGUGUGAGGAGGGCUGGGAGGGCACUAUAUGUGAUCAGCAGAUAUGCCAUCCACGCUGCAAGGAACAUGGGCAAUGCAUAGAUGGAAAAUGCCAAUGCCAGCCAGGCUGGGAAGGUGAACACUGCACUAUUGGAAGUGACACUUAUAUAUCAAUAAUAUUAAUAAUCAUCAAAAUCAUCAUCAUCAUCAUCAUCAUUAUUAGCAGACCAACCACGGAAGCACAUGAUCUGGAUGCGGUUGUAAAAGCUGGAUGCCCAGGUCUGUGUAAUGGGAAGGGCCGCUGUACUAUGGAGCAGAAUGGUUGGCAUUGUGUGUGCCAGCCUGGCUGGAGUGGGUCAGGCUGCAACACAGUGAUGGAGCGUGAGUGUGAAGACAAUGUUGACAAUGAUGGAGAUGGUCUUACUGACUGCAUUGAUCCAGACUGUUGUCAGCAGUCAAGCUGCAGUAAUAAACACUUCUGUCAAGGAGCUCCUGAUCCACUUACUUUGCUCCAGCAGACUCGAAGCCAGUCAGAUUCGACUCCCCUGUAUAAGAAAACCUUCUUUCAGCGAGUCGGCUUCCUUUUGGGCAAGGCUAGCACUCACACUCUGCAUGGAGACAUGCCUUUUGAUGCCAGUCAAGUGGCUGUGGUGCGAGGGCAAGUUGUGACAGGGAAUGGUUCCCCUCUGGUUGGAGUCAAUAUCACUUUCCUUCAGCACCCGCUGUAUGGAUUCACCAUCAGUCGGCAAGAUGGCAGUUUUGACCUUGUGGCACCAGGAGCUGUCUCUGUGACCUUGGUGUUCCAGAGGCAGCCCUUCCUUACACAGAGACGCACAGUAUGGCUGCCUUGGAACAAUUUUUUGGUGCUGGACAAUGUGGUCAUGACUGAUAAGGAGGUUGUGCUCCAAUCCUGUGAUGUGAGGAACUUCAUCAGCCCUUAUCCAAUUUUGAUGCCUUCACCACUUACCAGAUACACAGGGGAAUGUGCACUUCGGGGACCAGUCAUCCCAGAGCUACAAGCUGUCCAGGAGGAAAUCACUAUUCCAGACAGCUUUAUGAAGCUCAGCUAUCUCAGCACACGUGCUGCUGGCUAUCAGUCCCUGCUGCGUGUCAUCCUCUCACACGCUUCCAUUCCACCAGGUCUCAGAAAGCUGCAUGUAUCUGCUGUGAUUGAAGGCAGGAAGUAUCAAAAAUGGUUUCCAGCUGCCCCAGGAUUAGUUUAUGUUUUGUCAUGGAACAAAACCGAUAUCUAUGACCAGGAGGUGUUUGGCCUGACGAAAGCAUCUGUGUCUGUGGGAUAUGAGUAUGAAUCCUGUCCAGACUUUAUUCUCUGGGAGAGAAGGACGACAGUAAUUCAGGGCUUUGAGAUGAUGGGCUCCAGCUUAGGCGGAUGGACCUUGGACAAGCAUCACAUUCUCAACUUGCAAAGUGGUAUACUGCACAAGGGAAAUGGAGAAAACAUCUUCAUUUCCCUGCAGCCUCCGGUCAUCAGAACAGUCAUGGGAAAUGGCUACCAUCGCACCAUACCCUGCCAUGGAUGCAGUGGCCUGGCUCUGGAGGAAAAACUAUUUGCUCCUGUGGCCUUAGCCUGUGGUUCUGAUGGCAGCAUCUACGUUGGUGAUUUUAAUUUUGUACGCCGCAUCCUGCCAAGUGGAUACACCUACAACAUUCUGGAACUAAAGAACAGGGAUACCCGACACAGCACCAGCCCAGCCCAUAAGUAUUAUCUGGCAAUGGACCCGGUAAAUGAAGCUCUGUAUCUGUCAGAUACAAGCAGUCGGAGAAUAUACAGAGUUAGGAAGCUGAGUGAGCCCAAGGAUCCAGCUAAAAACCUAGAAGUGGUUGCAGGGACAGGUGAACAGUGUCUUCCGUUUGACCAGGGCCACUGUGGUGAGGGUGUCAAAGCCACAGCUGCUUCACUGAACAACCCCAGAGGAAUUGCUGUGGACAAGAGGGGCUUUGUGUAUUUUGUGGAUGGAACUACUAUCCAGAGGAUCAAUGAACGAGGAGUACUGACCACCUACAUUGGCUCCAAUGGCCCCAUGUCCACUCAGCCACUCAGCUGUGACUCCCGCAUGGACAUCACACAGGUGCGUCUGGAAUGGCCAACAGACUUGGCUAUUAAUCCCAUGGACAAUUCCCUCUACAUCUUGGACAACAACAUCGUGUUGCAGGUGUCAGAGAGCCUGGAGGUGCGCAUUGUAGCUGGCCGGCCAAUCCACUGCCAAGUCCCAGGGGAUGAUCACUCACUGCUCAUCAAAUUGGCUGUGCAUUCCACUCUGGAAGCAGCUAAAGCUAUCGCUGUGUCACACCAGGGGCUGCUGUACAUUGCUGAGACAGAUGAACGAAAGAUCAACCGCAUCCAGCAGGUCACCACCAAUGGUGAGAUUUCUGUGGUGGCUGGAGCUCCAGCUGAUUGUGACUGCAAAAUUGAUCCCAACUGCGACUGCUUCUCUGGUGAUGGCAGCUAUGCCCGUGAUGCCCGCUUAGAAGCACCCUCCUCGUUAGCAGUUGCACCCAAUGGGACACUCUACAUUGCUGACCUGGGAAAUAUCCGGAUCCGCUCUAUGAGCACUAAUCAGCCACAGUUAAAUGAAGCUGAAAUGUAUGCGAUUGCCUCAGUGGUGGACCAAGAGCUCUACUUAUUCAGCCACAAUGGCACACACCUCCACACCAAACAUCUGAUCACUGGUGAUUUUCUGUACAAUUUUACUUAUUCAGUUAAUCAGCACCUAAGUGCUGUGAUCAGUAGGGAUGGCAGUGCUAUCCAUGUGCGGCGUGAUGCCAAUGGGAUUCCCCUUUGGUUAGUGGCACCCAGAGGUCAGGUGCACUGGCUCACCAUCAGCAACAGCCACCUCCUCAAGAGGGUCUCUACCCAAGGCCAUGACAUCGCCCAGCUCACUUACCAUGGCAACACUGGUCUCCUAGCAACAAAGACUGAUGAGAAUGGAUGGACCACAGUGUAUGAGUACAACAGUGAAGGACAUAUUGUCAAUGUCACCUUUCCGACUGCAGAAGUCAGCAGUUUCCAUGACAACAUGGAAAAGUCAGUCCGGGUAGAAGUAGACAGCUCCAACUCAGAGAACUUUAUUACAGUCACUAACUUUUCCUCUUCUGACACCAUUUUCACAUUUCGUCAAGACCAUGCACAAAACACAUACCAUGUAAGCACAGAUGGCUCUUUUCAUGUGACCUUUGCCAGUGGCAUGUAUGUGACACUUGUUACUGAGCCACAUUUGUCAGCUGGGACAAUCAACCCAGCUGUGACCAGGUGCAACAUUACACUUCCCAGUGAACACAAUCCAAGUGUGAUUGAAUGGAGACAGCGACGAGAGCAAUCAAAGACCAAUAACACAAGCUAUGAAUGCAAGCUGCGGGCUCAUAACAGAAAUCUGCUGUCCAUAGACUUUGACCAUGCCACACGUGUGGGCAAAAUCUAUGACGACCAUCGAAAAUUUACUUUAAGGAUUCUUUAUGAUGAACUAGGACGGCCCAUUGUGUGGUCACCUAGUAGCAAAUACAACGAAGUGAAUGCCACAUAUUCAGCACAAGGCCUCAUCACCAGCAUACACCGUGGAAACUGGUCUGAAAAACUGGAAUAUGAAAAUGGGAGGGUUGUGUCUAGAGUAUGGGUCAAUGGCAAAAUCUGGAGCUACUCAUUCAUGGAGAAGUCUGUUGUGCUCCAGUUACAUAGCCAACGCAGAUACAUUUUUGAGUAUGACCAAACUGACCGGCUUCUGGCUGUGACCAUGCCCAGCAUGGUACGUCACAGCUUGCAGUCCAUGCUUUCAUUGGGCUACUACAGAAACAUAUACAGUCCUCCAGAUGGUGGAGCCCACAUCAUUCAGGACUUCACUCGUGACAGACGUUUGCUCCAGACUCACCACCUGGGUUCAGGCCGUCGUGUUCUAUACAAAUACACAAAGCAGGCUCGUCUGUCUGAGAUCAUCUAUGACACCACAUUGGUCACAUUUACCUAUGAUGACACCUCAGGAAUGAUUAAAACCAUCCACCUUAUGCAUGAUGGAUUUGUCUGUACCAUCAGAUACAGGCAAACAGGCCCCCUGGUUGGACGUCAGAUCUUCCGAUUCAGCGAAGAGGGUUUGGUGAACGCACGCUUUGACUAUAGCUACAACAGUUUCCGUGUGACCAGCAUGCAGGCCGUGAUUAAUGAGACCCCUCUUCCAAUUGAUCUUUAUCGUUAUGUGGAUGUAUCUGGUCGCAUCGAGCAAUUUGGAAAGUUCAGUGUUAUAAACUACGAUCUUAACCAGGUCAUUACUACACAAGCCAUUAAACACACUAAGAUAUACAAUGCCUAUGGGCAAGUAGUGGAGAUACAGUAUGAGAUCCUCAAAUUGAUUGCUUACUGGAUGACAGUGCACUAUGACAACAUGGGCCGCACUGUUGUUUGUGAAAUCCGGGUUGGUGUGGAUGGCAACAUCACGCGAUAUUCAUAUGAAUACGAUACUGACAGCCAGCUUCAGAGUGUACUGCUAAAUGAACGCCUCCAGUGGCGCUACAGCUAUGACCUCAAUGGUAACAUCAACCUCCUGAGCCAUGGCACCAGCUCUAGGCUUACACCACUUCGCUAUGAUCUCCGUGACCGCAUCACCAGAUUAGGUGAAAUCCAAUACAACAUGGAUGAGGAUGGAUUUCUUCGCAUGAGGGGCAAUGACAUAUUUGAUUACAACUCCAAUGGGCUCCUUAUAAGUGUCUACAAUAAGGUUUCGGAGGAAAGCAUCCAGUACAGCUAUGAUGGCCUCAGCAGGCGUGUUGCUAGCAAGUCCAAUUCUGGCCACCACCUGCAGUUCUUCUAUGCAGAUCUGGCUAAUCCCACGAGAGUAACGCAUAUGUACAACCACAGCAGUUCUGGAAUCACCUCCCUCUAUUAUGACCUUCAAGGCCACAUCAUUGCCAUGGAGCUAAGCAGUGGUGAGGAGUACUAUGUGGCUUGUGACAAUACCGGCACACCACGAGCUAUUUUUAGUAGUCAAGGAGAAAUUAUCAAGGAGAUCCAGUACACUCCUUAUGGGGACAUUUAUCAAGACUCUAACCCAUCAUUUCACUUAAUUAUUGGAUUCCAUGGUGGACUUUAUGAUCCAAUCACAAAGUUGAUUCAUUUUGGGAGAAGGGACUAUGAUGUGGUAGCAGGCAGGUGGACAACACCCGACUACAAUUUGUGGGCUGAGCUCAGCACCAACCCAAAGCCUUUUAAUCUCUAUACAUUUAAAAACAAUUGCCCAGUGGGAAAUAUUGAGGAGGUCACUCAGUUUACUUCAGAUAUUGGCAGCUGGCUACAGCUGUUCGGAUUUCAGCUCCAUAACGUCGUGCCUGGGUUUCCUAAACCUGAUAUGGAAAGUGCGGAACAGAAUUAUGAAAUGAUGAAGACCCAAACCAAAACCCAGGACUGGGACACAAGUAUAGUUGUUCUUGGUAUUCAAUGUGAGCUACAGAGGCAGCUAAGGUCCUUCAUCUCUUUAGAAAGGUUACCGAUGUCUCAGUCCAUUGGCUGCCUGCACCAGCGUUUGACCCAAACACCUAAUUUUUCAACCCUCCCCACCAUUUUUGGCAAGGGCAUAAAAUUCUCCAUAAUGAAUCGGAUUGCUUUGGCUGACAUCAUUGGUGUUGCUAGUGAGGAUAGUCGGCGUCUGGCCACUAUUAUCCAUGGUGCUGUCUACCUGGAGGGCCUCCACUACACUGUGGAUGGGCGAGACACACAUCACUUCAUCAAGCUUGGGCAACUAGAGGAGGACCUUUUUGUGAUCAGUGGCACUGGGGGACGUGUCCUUGAUAAUGGUGUAAAUGUGACAGUAACACAGAUGACAUCAAUGGUCGGUGGCAGGACCAAGCACCUGGCUGACAUCCAGCUUCAGUCGGGGGCACUUGGCCUGAAUGUGCGCUAUGGCGCCUCAGCUAGUGAGGCCAGGGAAUAUGUGUUGGAGCUGGCAAAGGAAAGAGCAGUGGCGCAGGCAUGGGCCCAUGAACAGAACAGGCUUCUCACUGGUGAGCGUGGCAGCCGAACAUGGACAGAAACUGAGAAGCAGCAAUUGCUUUCUAGUGGGAAAGUGUCUGGCUAUGAUGGUUAUUUUGUGCUGUCAGAAGAACAAUAUCCUGAACUAGCCGACAGUGGUAACAACAUUCAUUUUAUGAGGCAAAGCGAAAUAGGCAGAAGGUAACGGUAGUAAAAUUAUGCCUUCUGGCCCUUUCACCAAAGACUGCCUCUUUCUAGAUUGAUUAGACUCUUUAUAUUAUUAAAAAAAAAAGAGAUUUGCAGGAUGCAAGCCUCAUCCGCCUUUAAUUGUGACAAAAUGAUGGUAUUUUAUUAUUGUUCCGGGGGAGUUUAUAUGUGGCACAAGCAGUUUUUUUUUUUUUUCUCGCUGUGGCUUAGCUUUUUCUAUGUGAAGAUAAUCUGUUUCUUUUUUUCUUUUUUUUAUAUAUAUUGUUUCUUAAAUGCCUCCUAAUAUUUAUGAGCCUAUGAAGAUAAAUUUAUACAUAGAAUUAGUAUUACAUCAUCCUUGUAUUAUUUUGCUUGUCACAUUACAUAGAACAACUCAACAUGAUAGAGUUUACAUUUUGUGCAAAAGAUGCCUUGUAAAUGGUUAUAGUAUAAAACAAUGAGGUGAAAAACAAAACAUAUCACAGAGACAUGUUUAAGGCUUGUUUAAAAAAAACAUAAAACAUAAAUCAUAUAGUGUAGAUAUGUGAAAAUGUAGAUGCUUUAGAAAAAGAAAGUGUUAGAACUUUGAAAAUAUGUUGUUAUACAUAAUGCAGUAUUAACGUGACUAAAACCUCUUUUUAAUUAUAUAUGCUAUGAACAUAUCUGCCCUGGAAAUAAGAGUACAAGAAGUUGGAGAUAACUUAUUAAAGCUAUUAUGUGUAUAUUACUGUAAUAUUAUACCUCAUUUAUUCAGACAUUUCUCUUUUUUCUCCAGUUACCACAAAUGGUGAAGAAUGACAUGUACCGCAGGGUAUUUUUACACAAGCUGUAAUCAAAAUAGUUCAAUAGAACCAAACAGAAUGGCAUAAUAGCACGGACACAACAGCUGUACAUACUUUAAUGUACUCCUGGGUUUACAGAAGUAUGUUGCAAAUAAAAGCUUAAUAGUUUCUAUCAACUGAUUAACUUGCCUGAUAUUACUGAGUAUAAAUUAGCCGUUAGCUGGCCAAAAGUAGUAUGUGAGAUAUAAAAAUAUUAGCAAACUCACACAGAUAAAAAAAAUUUUGCACAAAAACAAUCCCCAAUAGUACCACCACAUUUAACAGUUAUAAACAGUUAAUUGUAAUUCCACGGAUAUUAAACUUGUAUAUAAUACCAUGUAAAACAUAUGAACUUGUAUAUGAAUUCAAUUUUUUCAGCUGAUUUUUUCAUCCAUAUGUGAUUCUUCCGCAGACUCUUAUAACAAAGUUGAAAACACAUAAUUGUAUAGGAAUGUUUGUUGUUGUAGCAUUGAAUUUUCCGAUCACCAUGGUUUACAUAGGUGGAAGAUCUUGAGUGGUCUCCUAUAGAACUCUGACCUCACAUAACAGCUUUAACUGGCCAAAGCUGGAAAAUGGCAAGUUGUAUGUCACUCUGUCACUUUAUUUUGUACAUGUCUCCGUAAGAUCCAUAAAUAUGACAGAACUUAAGCUUUGCCAGCAAAACAUUGCUCAGAGAUCACACUGACUUUGCUUCUUCCUAUACUGCAUUCCGCUGCCAUCUCAUUCCCGGUAAGUAAUUCGUACAAUAGGGUACACCAACAUUUUUCGGUACAGGGCUUUCGGUUCGGUACACGUGUAAUGUAUGCAAUGCUUUUUACGUGUGGAACAUUGUUAAAAUCUGAGUUCCCUCAGCAACGUAUUAAGUGGCGGACCGCAAAUUUUUUAGUCUCAGCCUCACACUUUGGGUGCAUUUUUAUUAUUAUUAUUAAUAAUAAUAAUAUUAUUAUUAUUAUUAUUAUUAUUAAUUAUUUAAUUAUUAUUAUUAUUAUUAUUAUUUUAAUAUGCUAAAUGCUAGUGCUAUGG